GAGGAAGGUGGACAUCGCGGGCAUCUAUCCCCCUCUCUCCACCCCCUUCACCGCCACCUCGGAGGUGGACUAUGGGAAACUGGAGGAGAACCUGCAGAAACUGGGCGCCUUCCCCUUCAAAGAAGCCUCUGCCUGCUGGGAACCCCUGGAUGGCAAGGGGGAGAAACCAAAGGCUGGAAGAUAAGAAGGACUGAGUCGCAGAAUGGGUCGCAAGCAGAAGACAGAAGGGACUCCGAUGCACUCUUAGCUCUGCUGCCUGGCUAGGGUCCUGGAGAACCUCUUGGAGAUCAUCCAGCAGCCAUCAUGCAAGGUGGUGCUGGGGACCGUCCUCUUACUCGGAGGUGGGAGCCUCAUGAUGUGGCUUCGGAGGAGGAGGAGGAGGAGGAAGCUAUCCGCGGUGCCUCCACCAGAGGAGCACGAGCCACAGGAACGCCCCAAAGAGCAGAAUGAGAACUGGAUCAAAUCUCACUUUAGCCGCCUUUCCGAAGAGAAGCUGGCCCCGGGCAGCAGCGUCCCCGCCCCCCAGCCUGACACCGUCAACCGAGAGGCCAACCCCGCCUCCAGGGAGCCCUUCCCCAACAAGCAGAAGGCGCCUGGGUACUCAGGGGUCAGAGAGACCCACAAGGAGUCCUCCACAGACGAGGCCACGUGGGCCGCCGUGGCUGCCACCACCAAGGAGCUUGACAACAAGGGUCGCCAGCUGGCCAACUCCAUGUUGCAGCGUGCCAUGGUGUACCGGAACUCCGGCCACUUGGAGGCCAAGGACAUCAACCAAGAGGAUCUGAAGGCUCUCCAGGAGAUGGAGAUCAAGCUGAAGGGCAACUUCCUCACACAGCGGGAGACCACCGUCGCUGGUAUGAACCACACACACACCUUCCAUGGCCAUGGUCACCACGGCCACCAGGAUCAUCCAAGCCACCCAAACCACCACCAGAGCCACAGCCUGCCCACCCGCAGCCACCAGACCUAUCACCCCUUCGAAGCCACCUAAUCACGGAUGGAGACGCCCCUUCCCCCCAACAAGGCUGGCUUACAAUCACAGGCCUGUUUUCUCUCCUGCCGGACAGCCUCUGUGGCCCAGAGUGAGAUGCUGUCAUCCCAACCCCUUCUUCUUCAGGCCCCUAGAGGGGUCCCGGACCCCUUCAACUUCAGGAGUGGAAUCUGCCACCGAGGAUGGCCCCUCAUGGAGGAAGAGCUGGAGGGAGCAAAGCAGCUGAAACAGACUCAAACAGGUUCCUGCAGAUCCACUGGGAGAAGACAGAAGAGGCAGACCCCAGGAGCAGCUGAGAGCCACACUGCUGCCACAUGCCUGAGCCAAUAAAGCCUUGAACCCCCUCA